CUGUUUUAGAAAAAGCGAGCUGCCCGUUCAGUCGAUGCCGCUUUUGCCCCCCUCUCUCUCUGCAGAUGCGGCGGAGGUGUCUCCUCCGGUCGGGGGCUUCAGUCCCUCGCAGGCGACUCGCGUGAUUAAAAUGGAGCUCCGAGAUGAUGACAUCUCGUGGCCAGCGCCUGGGGGCGAUGGCAACCUCCACCAGGUCUCUUGGGAGGAUCUGGACCCGCGAAGAAUGGGCUUCAUAAGCUCAACAGAACUAGCAGGCAAGCACAUCGGUGACCAAUCCGGCUUCGUCAUUCAGAAAGUGACCUCGCUGCAGGCCGCCGGGGACGAUUUCAGCAUCGACUCUUCACCGCGUCUGCUGCACCCCCCGGCCGAAGCAAAGUACAGCGGCGGCGGUGGCGGCACAAGAUCAAAAGCUGCCAUCGCCGCCGCCGCCGCCGAACACGCAAACCAGCUGUUCGGUGACGGAAGCUUCCGCUGGCCGGGAGGCCCGAACCAUAACAAGAUCGUGACCGCCGGCGACGGCGAUCGCCCGGCAACGGAGCGCGUUCCGCCCGAGUCAAACCGGCGCGACGGCUACGCCGGUCGGCCCGGAGUCGCGCCCGCCGGCCAGGCCACCGGGCACCCCUCCGACGGCCCCCACCGGUGCGAGGUCUGCGGCCGGUGCUUCGCUCAGCGCCGCGCCCUCCAAAGCCACCGACUGGCGCACACGGCCGGCGCCAAGCAGCCGGACCGGCGCGGCGCUUGCGGCCGCUGCGCCGCCGCGGCCGACGCCGCCGCCGCAGCCGCGGCGAGGCCGCACCGAUGCCCGGUGUGCGGCCGCGCUUUCGCCCUCGCCGGCGAGCUCAAGUCGCACGCGCGCACGCACACGGGCGAGAAGCCGUACCCGUGCAGCGUGUGCGGACGCGCCUUCUCGUGGCUGUCCAGCCUCAAGAUCCACCGGAGCUCGCACACGCGCGAGCGUCCCUUCCGCUGCGCCGCGUGCGGCCAGAGCUUCCCGCACCGCUGCGGCCUCAAGCGUCACGAGCGCACGCACACGGGCGACAAGCCGCACGGCUGCGACGAGUGCGGGCGGACCUUCGUGCUGCCGAGCGAGCUCAGGAACCACCGGCGCACGCACACGGGAGAGAGGCCGUUCAGCUGCGGCUGUGUGCGGACGCGCGUUUACGUGGAGCAAGAGCCUCAAGAUGCACGAGCGGACGCACGCGCGGGAAGCUGGCGCCGCCGAGGGAACGCCAGGCCCAUCCGGCCUGGCCUUGCCUGCGGGCGCGGGAGAUAUGGGAGCUCGCGUUCCUUGAGCUUCGUCCGCGUAUCGAAAGUUUGCAUGUUGAGCGACUUCUAG